AUGUCAUUGGCUCACUUGCUAAGCUGCAUGCUAGCUGCAUAUGUCUUUAUAAUCUUAACAAUAAUCAUUCUCAAUAUUAUUUAUAACAAUUAAAAUUACUCUACAAAUUAAUAUGGCCGAAAAUCAAAAUUCAGGCAGUUCGACAGUUAUCCAGAAUGAAAUUUUCGAAGUUAUAAUGCAGUUACUAGGAACUCCAGCAGGAUCUAAAGAUUUUCUUGGACAUAAAAUCCGUGGUUUGUAUACCACGUGGAUACAAUUACCUAAAGAACAUCGCGAAGGAUUAGAUAAACGCCUUCGAGACGGUCUGCAACCUUUCCAAUUAUCUUCUUACGAAAGUUGGACCGCGGCCUUUGCCACGUGGGAAAAUCUCCAAAGUGCCUCUUCGACUGAUAACCAAUCAUCGAAAUGGAAAAAUGAUUUUUCCUUGAUUGAGGUGUCCGAGAAAUGUGAAGCUGAAUUACUUAACUUGAUUAGUAUCAUACAAAUAUUUAUGUCGGUAUAUUGUAAAUUUGAAAUGAGAGAAAAAUGAAUUGCAUUUAAAAUCUA